AGGUUUUCUCGGGGAGUGAGUUCUAUUAUAACGCCAAACCAACCAGAUCUUAAAAGAGGUCUUACAAAAUAUGGAGGAAAAUAUACUAUAACAUUAAUUCCGGGUGACGGAAUUGGUCAAGAAACUGCUAAUGCCGUGAAGACUAUUUUUAAGGCAGCUAAUGUUCCUGUUGAAUGGGAACAAUUAGAUGUAACUGGUUAUACUCAGGAAGAUGAUAUUUUAUUUGAACAAAGUGUUCAAA